AUGGAAGAAGUAUGUGAAGGAAAAGACUUCUCCUUUCCAACACAAGAAGAAAAGAUCCUUUCCUUCUGGUCAGAAAUCAAAGCCUUUGAAACCCAACUAGAACGCACCAAAGACCUCCCGGAGUACAUCUUCUAUGACGGUCCACCGUUUGCCACCGGGUUGCCUCACUAUGGCCACAUUUUAGCUGGUACAAUCAAAGAUAUUGUGACCAGAUAUCAGACGAUGACAGGGCAUCAUGUGACCCGUCGUUUUGGAUGGGAUUGUCAUGGAUUACCAGUUGAAAAUGAGAUUGAUAAGAAAUUAGGGAUUAAGAGAAGAGAUGAGGUGCUGAAAAUGGGGAUUGAUAAGUAUAAUGAGGAGUGUAGAGGGAUUGUCACUAGGUAUGUGGAGGAAUGGGAGAAAGUUGUUGUUAGAGUUGGAAGAUGGAUUGAUUUUAAGAAUGAUUAUAAGACUAUGGAUUUGAAGUUCAUGGAGAGUGUUUGGUGGGUGUUUGCUAAGUUGUUUGAGAAAGGGCUUGUUUACAAGGGUUUUAAGGUUAUGCCUUACAGUACGGGUUGCAAAACUGUGCUCUCUAAUUUUGAAGUUCAGCAGAAUUAUAAGGAUGUGCCUGAUCCUGAGAUAACGGUGACAUUUCCGAUUGUUGAUGAUCCACACAAUGCAGCCUUUGUUGCUUGGACAACUACGCCAUGGACGCUUCCCAGUAACCUUGCUCUUUGUGUCAAUGGAAAUUUUGACUAUAUCAAGGUUCGUAACAAGUACACUGGAAAAGUCUAUGUCAUUGCUGAAUGUAGACUGUCAGCGCUUCCUAUUGAGAAGCCAAAAUCAACUGCAAAUGGAUCUGCUGGUGCUUCAAAGACAUCAAAUUCUAAAACUAAGAGUGGGAAGGCUGAAAACUUGAUGGAUUCUUAUGAUUUGUUGGAGAAAGUCAAGGGCAGUGAGUUGGUGAACAAGAAGUAUGAGCCACUAUUCAAUUACUUCAUGGAGUUUUCUGACACUGCAUUUAGAGUUGUUGCGGAUGAUUAUGUGACUGAUGACAGUGGUACUGGUAUUGUGCACUCUGCUCCUGCAUUUGGUGAAGAUGAUUACCGUAUUUGCAUUGCAAAUCAAAUACUCAGUAAGGAGAAUUUGAUUGUAGCUGUUGAUGAUGAUGGCUGCUUUAUUGAAAAAGUUACUGAUUUCAGUGGGCGCUAUGUCAAGGAUGCAGACAAAGAUAUCAUUGAAGCAGUGAAGGCAAAAGGCAGGCUUGUUAAGUCUGGGAGCUUUAUGCAUUCAUAUCCCUUCUGUUGGAGAUCUGAUACACCUCUCAUUUAUAGAGCUGUUCCAAGCUGGUUUAUUAGAGUGGAACAAUUAAAAGAGCAAUUGUUAGAAAGCAACAAACAAACAUACUGGGUUCCUGAUUAUGUAAAGGAGAAACGGUUUCACAAUUGGCUUGAAAAUGCUAGAGACUGGGCAGUUAGUAGAAGUCGAUUUUGGGGCACUCCUCUACCUGUAUGGAUGAGUGAUGAUGGUGAACAAUUUAUAGUCAUGGAUUCUAUUGCUAAACUUGAAAAGCUUUCUGGUGUUAAGGUGUUUGAUCUGCAUCGUCACAAUAUUGAUAACAUCACGAUCCCAUCCAGUCGUGGUCCUGAAUUUGGUGUGCUUCGACGUGUAGAGGAUGUAUUUGAUUGUUGGUUUGAGAGUGGGUCGAUGCCUUAUGCUUAUAUACACUACCCAUUUGAGAAUGUUGAACUUUUUGAGAAAAAUUUUCCCGGGCAUUUUGUGGCUGAAGGGCUAGACCAAACUCGUGGAUGGUUUUAUACUCUCAUGGUAUUGUCUACAGCAUUAUUUGGGAAACCUGCAUUUAGGAAUCUCAUUUGCAAUGGACUUGUCCUCGCUGAGGAUGGAAAGAAGAUGAGUAAAAGUUUGAAAAAUUAUCCAUCUCCUAUGGAAGUUAUUGAUGAUUAUGGAGCUGAUGCAUUACGAUUAUACCUUAUAAACUCUCCAGUUGUGCGUGCGGAGACCUUGCGUUUCAAAAAGGAAGGUGUUUUUAGUGUUGUCAAAGACGUGUUCCUUCCUUGGUACAAUGCUUAUCGGUUCCUUGUACAGAAUGCAAAAAGGCUUGAGAUUGAAGGGUUUGCACCAUUCACUCCUAUCGAUUCAGCAACUCUUCAAGGAUCAUCCAAUGUGCUUGAUCAGUGGAUCAACUCAGCUACUCAGAGUCUUGUUCAUUUUGUUCACCAGGAAAUGAAUGCAUACCGCCUUUAUACGGUGGUACCAUAUCUCUUGAAGUUUCUUGACAACCUCACAAAUAUUUAUGUGCGAUUCAACCGCAAAAGAUUAAAAGGGCGUACUGGGGAAGAAGACUGCCGUACUGCUCUGUCAACUUUGUAUAACGUGGAAGAGUUCCUCUUUGUUUUAGUUGUCUCUUUAUCUGGUAGUGCCUACUUUAUGAGUGAUACUCUGCAUGUGCUGAACAAUUUUGCGUUUAAGGUGCUUUUAAUGUCAUGUAAGGUGAUGGCACCGUUCACGCCUUUCUUUUCAGAAGGUCUGUAUCAAAAUAUGCGUAGAGUUUGUACCAGAUCAGAGGAAAGUAUUCACUAUUGCAGUUUUCCUCAAGUAGAGGGAGAGAGGGAUGAACGGAUUGAACAGAGUGUGGCAAGAAUGAUGACCAUUAUUGAUCUUGCGCGCAAUAUCCGUGAACGUCACAACAAGCCUCUUAAAUCACCACUAAGGGAGAUGAUUGUAGUUCAUACUGAUGUAGACUUUCUUGAUGACAUAGCUGGGAAACUGAAAGAGUAUGUGCUCGAGGAACUCAAUGUAAGGUCUCUUGUUCCAUGCAACGAUACUCUGAAGUAUGCCUCUUUGCGUGCGGAGCCUGAGUUUAGUGUGUUAGGUAAGCGACUUGGAAAAUCUAUGGGAGUUGUUGCCAAAGAAGUUAAAGCUAUGUCUCAGAAAAAUAUUUUGGAAUUUGAGAAAGCUGGAGAAGUUACCAUUUCUUCACAUUGUCUGAAACUGUCUGAUAUUAAGGUUGUUCGGGAAUUCAAACGCCCUGAUGGUUUGACAGAUGGGGAGGUCGAUGCUGCUGGCGAUGGUGAUGUUUUGGUAAUAUUAGAUUUGCGUCUGGAUGAGUCGUUAUAUGAGGCUGGUGUUGCUCGCGAGAGGAAGUUGCUCUGUGGAUUGACAUUGGUUAAAGGAUGUGUGAUGCUUGAUGAGUGGGCUGUCUGUCAAUUGCAGGUUGUUAAUAGAAUUCAGAAAUCGAGGAAAAAAAUUGGAUUAGAACCUACGGAUGCUGUUGAGGUUUACUUUGAAUCUUUGGAUGAAGAUAAAUCAAUCUCUCAGCGGGUCUUGAAUUCACAGGAACUCUAUAUUAGGGAUGCAAUUGGUUCCCCAUUGCUUUCUUCUACCUUGAUGCCACCACAUGCAGUCAUUACUUUUGAAUUUACAUUACUACAUUGCAAAAUUCUAUUUACUGCUGGAGCAAGGCAGCUUGUCAUGGACCUACUGCUUCCAAGGCUUGCUGAGGUUGUUGCCUUAGUUUUUACUUGCCUUUCUUCGGGUACUCUGUUUAGUCCUGGGAUAACAUAUGGUGUGCGGUUGCCGCUGACUUAUUGGUUGAACAACUCAAAAGCCUUUGCUCGCCAGACUAGGAACUACUUCAAAGGGCGAUGCCGGAUGCCUUUGUUGAUCAUAUUUGUUAUACUCGGUGAGGAGACAUUUCACGAUAUUUCCAAGUUGUCCUUCACCAUAUAUUUGGCAAGACCUGCCCUAGUUUUCCAAUCUGAUGCCAUUCUUUCAUUAUAUGGAGUGGUUUCAGGAAAUACAAAAUCUGCCCAUGGUCUAGAAACUUACUUGCUAUCAAGGGAUCAUUCUAAUUUGAAAUCAGAAUUUCAACUUGGAGAUGGAAAGAUAACUGUUGAUUUCAUUGAAGGCCUACCUGCUGUGAAUGUCAUAUUGGGAGAACUUGUGUUUUUGAGUGUUGGUGACUCCAUUUUGAGAACAAAAAGUGGGUAG